CUGCCAGUGGUGCGGGCGGCGGAGGAGGCGGCCUCCACCCUGGCUGGUUCCAUCCACCCGGAGCAGUGCAUCAAGGUCCUGUGUCCCAUCGUGCAGACGGCCGACUACCCCAUCAACCUGGCUGCCAUCAAGAUGCAAACCAAAGUCAUUGAACGCAUCACCAAGGACUCCUUAGUGCAGCUCCUGCCAGACAUCAUCCCGGGACUGCUGCAGGGCUACGAUAACACAGAGAGCAGCGUUCGCAAGGCCAGCGUGUUCUGUCUGGUGGCCAUCUACUCCGUCAUCGGCGAGGAUCUCAAACCCCACCUGGCUCAGCUCACUGGCAGCAAGGUACCCGGCGCGCCCACAUGCACGCCCACAUGCACGCCCACAUGCACGGCCACGUGCACGCCCGGCUCCAGAGCCCUCCUCAACAGACGCGGGGCCUUAUCAUCUUCCCAU